AUGGCAGUAGCUGAGAACGGAGGACCCGUUGAGGGCAUCAAAGAUAGGCCUAAUGGCCAUGCUAAUGGGCAUGUCAACGGGCAUGCUGUCGGUCCACCUGUUCGGCGGACAGGUCCUCGCCAGCGUCGACGCAGCUGGACGUCAUGGAUCUUCAACAAUGCUGCCAGGCUUUUCAUAUGGUACUCUUUAUUCACGAUCCUAUUUCGAUGUCCCUCCUCACCAGCCACCCUCACCGACUCAUCUUCGGCCAUCUGUCGGCCAUACUUGUCUACAAAAGAAUACAUUCGACCGCAUGUACAGCCAUACUACGAUGAAUACGCAGCUCCAUACGUGGCUAAGGCUGAGCCCUAUGCACAUUUGGCUAAUACACGACUGGUUCGCCCGGCGUCCAAGAUUGCCCAGGUCAACUAUGCCAAAUAUGCUGCUCCCCAAAUUGACGCAGCAAGGGCAUAUUCUCAGGCUCAAUGGGAAAAGCAGGUGAAGCCGCAGGUCAAUCUGGCACGAGGAAAUGCUGCGAAGCUUUACGAGAAGAAUCUAGCUCCCCAUGUUGAUCAGUUGACUGCGGUGGCUCACCCAUACUACACCUCCAGUCGCAAUUCUGCCUCGCACCUCUAUCAACAACAGCUCCUCCCCGCAGUCGAAUUCGCCCGCCCACACGUCGGAAAGGCCUACAAUGCAUCUCAGGAGUUUGUGUUGAACACGGCAUACCCUUUCCUACGACAUGUCUGGGGGGACCUCGUCAUCUUCGUCGAUGGUACUUUCUUGCCUUUGGUCAAGGGCUUGUACAUUGAUAAUGUCAGGCCCCAACUGGUCAUGAUCAACGAAAGAAUCGCCAAAUAUCGAGAAAGCCGACAUGUCAAGGCUGCCAUGGAUGAGGUUGAUAAAAUGCAGUCUACUUUUACUUCGUCCACGGCUCCAAGCGCAGCAGCCACGGCUUCAAUUGACGAUGUCUAUGCGAUGUUUGAUUCAGAAGACGAGCCGGAGCCCGCCACCGCUGCAUCUACUCAAGAAUCUCAGCCUACCGUCAAGGAGCGUGUCAGGCCACCGGUAGUCAGUGCCACAGAGGAACAAAUCGCCGAAGACCUGCGCACCUGGCAGAAAAAGUUCGCCGUGGCAGCUGACAAGGGCAGUGAUGAUCUUCGAGAACGGGUGACAUCUAUUGUCAGCGGUCUUGUCAAGAGCGACAUUGAUGGCGUUGGCCGACGAUUGGCUUCAGCUCUGGAGAAGACCUCGGAGAACGAACUGGACAGCGUCAAAUCCAAGAUCAAGUCUACAAUCGCCUCUCUUUCUGAAGAUGCAAGUGCAGACGAGGUCAAGCAAGCCGCAGAAGACAUCCUGGGCUCUAUCAGAACUGCAGGAGCUGAAAUCAAGGCACGUGCUAAGAAUGUCCGCGAAUGGUCACAGAAUUUCGAACGAGGCCUGAUCCAGCGACUCACUGCAGCCUCUGCCUCCACCCUUGAAGUCCUGGACGGCGUUAAAGAUGUCGGCCUGCAGGAGGUGGGCAUGCGCUGGGCUUGGAUGGACGGAGUCACAUAUAAGCAUUGGGAGAAAUUCCACGCGCUGCGGAAGAAGCUCGAUGAAUGGAAGACCGAGGUGCGUGAUGUCGCCAUGAGAAGCGAAGAGGCAGAAGAGGCUCUGGCUACUGCGCGCCGAAUCACAGAAGAAAGCAUGGCGGUGACGGAGGAUGCAGCCAAAGAACUUGCCCGACUUAAGAGCGUCGCUCAAUGGAAGCUGAAGGCACGGGACGCUUCCGACGACUUCGAGACACGAAGUAUGCCUGCCGAGGCUGUCUCUGCUGCUUCCAGCUUGGUUGCCGAGCUCCGGGGGGCUUCAACAGCAGGUGUGCAAUCUGCAAGCUCUGUGCUGUCCCAGGCGAGCGAUUCUGCCGCAGAGGCAAUCUCCUCUGCUUCGUCUGUUGUAGCCGGUACGACUACCGGCACCGUCGAGUCCGCCACGUCCAAAGCUAGAGACGCUGCCAUGGAUGCCGUUUCAUCAGCGUCGUCGGCCUACGCAUCUUCCAUGUCACAGCCCGGCGAAUCUGUGAUUUCGGAGGUUAGCGGCACCGUUGAAGACGCCUACGAAUCUGCUUCGUCGUUUGUCGUCGGAACAAGCACUGGCACUGCGGAAGCUAUUCUUUUGGACGCGUCAGAGACCGCCUCAAGUUUAACUGAUGCCGUGGCCAGUUCUGCAAGCUCAGCCUCGGCAUCUGUGGAAUCGCCUGUUUCCCCUCCGUCCAACGGUGUACCUUCAGUGGACUCCGAUAUCGACGAUGCCGCAAGUUCUGCUUCGUCAGCUGCUGGUUCAGCAUCGACACGAGUCUCGAAGGUCUUCGCCGGAGCCAUGGCCGCAGAAGUGACAGGGUCCAAACCUAUACUUGACGACGUCUUCGACAAUGAGGGAUCGUCGUUUUCAGAGAAUCUGCAGAACGUUGUCAAUGCAGCUGGUGACCGCUACGCAGACGUCACGCGCGCUGUUUCUGAAGCAAUCUACGGAACCACCCAAGGCACGGCGGAGAGCUUGUCAUCUGUCGCAAGCGAACAGUACUCGAGUGCUUUGGCUGCGGCGUCCCAUGCUUUGUACGGGACACCAACGGGCACGGUAGAAGGCAUUACAAAUGCAGCGUCCGACAACUACAACCGAGCCGUGGCCGCUGCGAGCUCCGUCAUCUAUGGCACGCCAACUCCAGUUAGUGAUUCAGUUCUCCAACACGCCAGCUCACUCUACAGCGAUGCCAUCAGCCGAGCACAAGAGAACUACCUCGCCGCAAGAUCGGUGGCUUCCAAACAGAUUUCCGGCACUCCUAAGCCGAUACAUGAGCAGAUGUUCUCUUCCAUCGAGGCCGCAUACUCCGGCGCCGUGGAUGCUGCGAACAGCAGGCUUGAUUCUGCUCGCACUGCUGCGUCAAGCGCGGUUCCUACGACAAACCCAUUCGAGUCCGUUACCGGCCUGGCCUCCGCAAGACUGCAAGACUCGAUCGCUGCCGCCUCGGCGCAAUAUGCCAGAGCCAAGGCCGCCGUAGGCGCCACACCAGCUCCUGCUCACGAAAGAUACCUUCAGGAUGUCAAGAAAAACUAUUAUGCUGCUGUCGGCCUGGCACACGAGCAAUAUGAUGACUUUCUCCAGGCCGCUUCAAGCGCGAUCUACGGCACUCCUACCCCCGUCCUGAGCAGCCUGUCAAGCGCCGCAUCAGUUGGGAUCUACGGGACACCAGUGCCGGCUUAUCAAAGUCUCAUCGACUCAGCCUCCUCCCAGUAUUCCGCGGCUUCCUCCGCCGCCGCUGCUAGCCUCAGUGCAUUCAGCUCAUCAUCAGGAACAACAGCACAAAGCUUGUGGGAUGAAGCUGUUGCUGCAUACUCCGGCGCCAUGGACGCUGCAUCAUCUUCCUUGUCGUCUGCUUCUUACGCUGCAAGCACUGCCAUCUACGGCACCCCUGCACCAUUCUAUCAAAGUGCUUUUGACGCUGCAUCAUCACAAUAUGAUGCUGCGACGUCGGUCGCCGCCUCUCAAUACUCAGCACUGCUAGAAUCGGCUUCUUCGGCAAGCGGCAAGAACAAAGGAUCUGCCGCACAGGAUGUAAUCGACUCUAUCUCAUCGCAAUAUGAAGCAGCAGUGUCUGCCGCGUCGGCGUCUCUCUCAGCAGCCAGCUAUGCUGCAAGCACCGCCGUUUACGGCACUCCAGCUCCGUACUACCAGGGCGCUUUAGACUCAGCGUCAUCCCAAUACGAUGCAGCAUCAGCAGCAGCAGCUUCUCAAUAUUCGGCAGCGUUACAGGCAGCAUCGUCAGCACUCGGCGCAACAGAGACAUCGCCUGCGCAAAGUGUCCUCGACUCUAUUUCAGCUCAAUAUGAUGCCGCCCUGUCCGCAGCAUCAUCGUCAUUGUCGGCAGCGAGCUAUGCAGCAAGCACUGCCGUCUAUGGUGCUCCAACUGGGUCCGUCGAAUCUAUUUCCAGUGUCGCUUCCCAGAAUUGGGAGGCUCUGGUAUCCAAAGCCAGCGAACAGAUUUACGGCACUCCUCAGCCAUUCUACGACGAUUAUGCCAGCAAAGCAGGAGAGUACUCAGCCCAGGUCACUGACUUCGCGGGCGACAAAUAUGUUAUCAUCCAAUCGUACGUGUCGGAGCUGAUCGUUGGAAAAGAGCCCGAUUUUACCGAGUCGGUGAUGAGCCGCCUCAGCUCUGCGUAUUAUACUGGCUAUGAUUCCGCGUCUAGUCUUGCCGGCGACGCGUACAGCUCUGCGUCGUCUGUGGCCUCCUCGAUCUCGUCCGCCGCCUCGUCCUACUUCACCCCUCCGCCUCAAGUGUCCUCCAUCCUGGACUCGGUGACUGAUCAACUCAAUGCCGCCGUGGAUGCAGCAAGCGCACAAGUCUAUGGUAGCCAGAAGGGGACAGUCGAACAGGCUACCUCCGCUGUGGCAGAUAGCUACUCCUCUGUCGCAGGCGCAGUGAGCGAGGCGAUUUAUGGCACACCUGUCGGCCAUGCCGAAGCUGCGUCUUCAUCGUUUGCAGGUCUGGCCAAGAGCGCGCAAGACGCCGUGAGCGUUGCGGUCUAUGGCACGCCAACUGGGACGGUCGAGUCUCUCAGUAGUGUUGCCGCAGAUACUUAUGCUUCUGCUUCCUCUAUCGCGUCGGAAAACGCUGCCUACGCUGCCUCGGCGGUGAGUGAUACUAUCGAUACCGUGCGAGGACAGGUCUCUCAGGCCUUUUAUGGACCCGAGCAAAGCUACACGGAGAGUAUCAACUCGCAGAUCGCCGAGGCUGUCGAGAGCGCGCAGAGCAGGAUAGCCGCAUUUUACAGUGAUGUUGGUCAAGGCGCUACUGGUGCUGCCAGUGCCGUAAGCGAUACUGUCGCCAGUGCGGCGAGUGCGGUGAGCGAGUCCGUAAGCAGUGCCACGAAGUACGUCAAGGACGAGUUGUGA